AUUGAAAAUGUAAACGAGGAAAAUACCUAAUUAAAAAAAAUGAUCUUGUUCAGGAGUCUGCUAGAGAGCCCUCUCAGCAUUUUCUGUCUGAGAUGUGCUGUAGCAAUUUGUAAUGAUUUUGUGCCAUCUAAAACACUAAGCAGGCUGUCUUGGAAUUCGUGGCCUGCCUCCCAACCCCCACCCCCCAAAAAAUUUGAGGCCCUUCAUAACCCCAAAACAAGAAACUAAGCAUGUGUAUCCUUUUCCCCUAUAAUCUUUGAGAACUGAUUUGUAGUUUGUAUAAAUUCUUGGAACAUCUCUUGUUUAUUUUUGGAUGCCAAAGCUGUUCUGACCAGGAUAAAAUGCCUAGGUUAGGUCCAUGCAUCCUGGGUUUCACCUUGUGGUUGCUGGUUGCCAAGGUAGCAGAGCAGGCGUCACCUGUUGCUAUGGUGCUGCUCUACCUUGCAGCUUUGUCAUUCCUGAUAGGUUGAACUCCUGAGGCUGAGGAGGAAGAAAUGUGAUCAUUGGUUCAGCCUCUCUGGGACGGGAAAGGAGUUGACUGAAAAACCAACAGGUGUCCAGACUGGAGCUGGUUUGAGCUUGUAGGGAGGAUUCUGCAGCAAGAGGAGGAAGACUUGAGGCUGGCCUGAAAGAGGGCCGCCCUCCUGCGCGGAAUGCAAUGUUAAUUCUGAGGUGUUGAUGUUUUACAAUGCCCGAUCAAGAUACAAAGGCGAAGAGCACAGAGAAAACCGCUGAUAAGCAACAAGGGACCACCACCAGGGACUAUUCAGAUCUUAAAAGACUUCGGUGCCUGUUGAACGUUCAGUCAAGCAAACAGCAGCUUCCAGCCAUUAACUUUGACAGUGCCCAAAAUAACAUGACAAAGUCUGAGCCAACCAUCAGGACAGGGGGACAUAGAGCUCGUGGUCAAUGGCAUGAGUCCACAGAAGCAGUUGAACUUGAAAAUUUUAGUAUAAACUAUAAGAAUGAAAGGAAUUUCAGCAAACAUCCACAGCAUCAGUUAUUUCAAGAGAUCUUCACAGCUCUGGUGAGAAACAGACUUAUAUGCAGAGAGUGGGUUAAUCGUGCUCCAUCCAUUCAUUUUCUGAGAGUGUUAAUUUGUCUGAGGCUGCUGAUGCGGGAUCCAUGUUAUCAGGAAAUACUCCAUAAAUUGGGUGGUAUUGAAGACCUUGCUCAGUACAUGGAGAUCGUGGCCAACGAGUACCUGGGCUACGCUGAGGAGCAGCACUGUGUGGACAAGCUGGUCAAUAUGACGUAUAUUUUUCAAAAACUUGCUGCUGUGAAAGACCAAAGAGAAUGGGUUACUGCAAGUGGAGCCCACAAGACAUUAGUGAGUUUGCUUGGUGCCCGAGACACCACUGUCCUCUUGGGUGCUCUGCUGGCACUGGCCAGCUUAGCAGAGAGUUCAGAGUGUAGGGAGAAGAUCAGUGAACUCAACGUAGUAGAAAAUCUGUUGAUGAUUCUGCACGAAUAUGAUUUACUCUCCAAAAGACUCACUGCCGAGCUCCUGCGCCUGCUUUGUGCUGAGCCCCAGAUCAAGGAGCAGGUGAAACUCUAUGAAGGGAUCCCCAUCCUGCUCAGUCUGCUUCAUUCUGAUCACUUGAAGCUGCUGUGGAGUGUGAUCUGGAUUCUGGUCCAGGUGUGUGAGGACCCGGAGACUAGUGUGGAAAUCCGAAUCUGGGGUGGCAUCAAGCAGCUCCUUCAUAUUUUACAAGGAGACAGAAAUUUUGUUUCUGACCGUUCUUCCAUCGGAAGCCUGUCCAGUGCAAAUGCCGCAGGACGCAUCCAGCAGCUUCAUUUGUCAGAAGAUUUAAGCCCUGGGGAAAUCGAGGAAAAUACUGUCUCUCUCCAAGCAGCCUGCUGUGCUGCCCUCACCGAGCUGGCCCUCAAUGAUACCAAUGCCCACCAAGUGGUACAGGAAAAUGGUGUAUAUACAAUAGCAAAAUUAAUUUUACCAAAUAAACAAUCGAAUGCAGCACAAACUAAUCUACUACAGUGUUAUGCUUUCAGAACCCUGAGGUUUCUCUUCAGUAUGGAAAGGAACAGGCCACUCUUUAAAAGACUUUUUCCCACCGACCUGUUUGAGACCUUCAUUGACAUAGGACAUUACGUUCGUGAUAUUGGUGCUUAUAAGGACUUGGUAUCACAGUUGAAUUUACUAUUGGAAGAUGAGCUGAAGCAAAUUGCUGAGAAUAUUGAAAGCAUCAAUCAGAAGAAAGCGCCCUUGAAGUACAUAGGUGACUAUGCUGUGUUGGACCACCUUGGAAGUGGAGCUUUUGGCUGUGUUUAUAAGGUUAGAAAGCGUAGUGGUCAAAAUCUUUUAGCAAUGAAGGAGGUCAAUUUGCAUAACCCAGCAUUUGGAAAGGAUAAGAAAGACCGAGACAGCAGUGUCAAGAACAUUGUUUCUGAAUUAACAAUAAUUAAGGAGCAGCUUUAUCAUCCCAAUGUUGUACGUUAUUAUAAAACAUUUUUGGAAAAUGACAGGUUGUAUAUCGUUAUGGAGCUGAUAGAAGGAGCCCCACUUGGAGAGCACUUUAAUUCUUUGAAGGAAAAACAUCACCAUUUCAGUGAAGAGCGACUGUGGAAAAUAUUUAUACAGCUGUGCUUAGCUCUUCGGUAUCUGCACAAGGAGAAGAGGAUUGUUCACAGAGAUCUCACGCCAAACAACAUUAUGCUGGGAGAUAAGGACAAAGUGACAGUUACUGACUUUGGCCUGGCAAAGCAAAAACAGGAAAGCAGUAAGCUUACAUCUAUGGUGGGAACGAUCCUCUAUUCUUGCCCAGAGGUCCUGAAGAGUGAGCCAUAUGGAGAGAAGGCCGAUGUCUGGGCUGCUGGCUGCAUCCUUUAUCAGAUGGCGACUCUAAGUCCUCCCUUCUGUAGCACCAACAUGCUCUCCUUGGCUACUAAAAUAGUGGAGGCUGUAUAUGAGCCAGUGCCAGAAGGUAUCUACUCUGAAAAAGUGACAGAUACCAUUAGAAGGUGCCUCACUCCUGAUGCAGAAGCCCGUCCAGAUAUUGUAGAAGUUAGUUCCAUGAUAUCAGAUGUCAUGAUGAAGUAUUUAGACAGAUUAUCCACAUCCCAGCUAGCCUUGGAGAGGAAACUGGAAAGGGAGCGGAGGCGCACACAGAGAUACUUUAUGGAAGCCAACAGGAAUGCUGUCACAUGUCACCAUGAGCUGGCUCUUCUGUCCCAGGAGACCUUUGAGAAGGCAAGCCUGAGCAGCAGUAGCAGCGGGGCAGCCAGCCUGAAAAGUGAGCUUUCAGAGAGCGCAGAGCUGCCUGGAGAGGGCUGCCACAUCCCCUGCGGGAAGGAGGAGGACAGGGUCUGUGAGGAGGUGCUGUCAGAAGACAACUUCCAGCUGGAGAGUGUGGAGAAAGACCUGUAUUCUGAGCUAGACGAUGAGCUGGACGUCUCGGACAACUGUAGCAGCUCCAGUUCAAGCCCCCUAAAGGAGUCUACAUUCAGCAUUUUAAAGCGAAGUUUCAGUGCUUCGGGAAGAGAAAGGCACUCACAGGCAAGGGACUUCAUUGCUGGACUAGGAUCAAGACCAAGACCAGCAUCUGCAGGCAUCGCUGUAUCCCAGCGGAAAGUGCGGCAGAUCUGCGACCCCAUUCAGCAGAUCCUGAUCCAGCUACAUAAAGUUAUCUACAUCACGCAGCUCCCUCCAGCUCUGCACCAUGAUCUGAAGAGAAGGGUUAUAGAGAGAUUCAAGAAGUCCCUGUUCAGUCAGCAGAGCAACCCAUGUAACCUGAAAUCUGAAAUUAAGAAGUUGUCUCAGGGGUCUCCAGAACCCAUCGAGCUGAACUUUCUUACCUCAGAUUAUCAUUCACUUCGCCAUUCACGAGCUGCAAACAACUGGUCCCCAAGUGACCCCACAGGUUCACCCAGCAGCUUUGAAGUGGAAGAGGGAGUCACAUAUGAGCAGAUGCAGACUGUGAUUGAAGAAGUCCUAGAGGAAAGUGGCUAUUACAACUUUACAACUAAGAGAUCUUCUAGGUGUCACUCUUUUCCAUGGGUGACCAAGAGCUACACAGCCAAAAGAUGAGAGCCCUGCAUUGGAAAAAAUGGAGUUUCCCAGUCAAGUUCAAGUUCCGGUGGGCUUCAACUGUGACAUGACAGCAAGAUGCCCAGAACAGCACAGGAAAGAGCCAUGAUGCUGCCGGAGUGUUCUUAUAGUCCUGUGGAGGUGUGAGGCAACCCCAGUGCUGGGCUCUAUUCCCAGUGUGCAUUGCAUGCACAAUAACAGGCUAUCAGUGUACUUCUGGGAGAAAACAUGGCAAAAUGGCUACCAGGACUGGGGUGGAGUGGCAGCAGCACAGAAUUUCCCUAGAGGUUAAAUGACUUAUAUUUUUCAAAGGAACAUUUUAUACUCAAGAUAGCUGGAACUAUGCUUAAAAGUAUGUUGUCUUCCAUGUACACAGAAUAGUUUUAGAUAAAAUAAUUACAGGACCCUGUGCAACAUAUUAGGUAUUCCAUUGGGUUCCCAUUUUUUAAUCUUAAAAGAAAUUCAGAACAUGGUAGUUUAUAAAUUAAAUGACUGGUUCUCUCUGAUCCACUUGGGUGCUAGAGGUUCUGAAACAUGACACAGUGUAGACAGUAUUUGUAACCUUGCACACAAGUUUUCGAGUUUGAAUACCCAGAUCGCACCUAGACUAGUAAAGUCUAUUGCUAUACAAUAUGUGUAUAUGGCAUAUGUCCAGUGAUGGAGGGAGGCUUGCUUAGGCUGGUGCUUGCUGCUAAUCAAGCUUGCUGUGUUUCUAAAACACAUUAAAGAAGCUAUAGACUAUGAAAGAGAUAACAGUUCUUAUUCUAGACCUUACUGAAUCACCUGUGUGUAAGACAAACAUUUAUUUUUUGAGGACUUCCCAAAAGUUAUACACUAAAAUAUAAAUUCCUUCUUUAUUCACUGAGAUGGCCCAAAGAGAAAUCAGAAUGUCAAUCCUAGGGGUUAGAAUAGCAUCCCAUCUCUAUGCAGAGUGGAUUUACUAGGGCACUGGCCUCAAAUUCCUCCUCUUCAACAGGCUUCUGAUAACUCCAGUGCAGCACCAACUCAAACUCUACAUGGUCCCACUUCAGGAACAACACAUUGCAUGUAAUUAGCAAGUUUAACUUCCCAUUGGUUUUUGUUGUCUUUAAUUACAUUACUGUAUUUUAGCAUGAUUGAAUAGUACAAUAAUAUUGGCCAUCGUUAGAACACAGUAUAACCUUCCUGAAUAGUAUACCAAUUACUUAAUGUGAAGUCAUACUAUUUCUUAGAAUUGGUGUGUUUGACAUUUAAACCACACUUCUGUCCUCCUUGAUCACACACUAACUGAUGCCUUUGAGGGUUACUAGUGAUUUUUUUUUUGUCUUUAAGCCAAGGUGACAACUAAAAUACCUGUAAUUUUAAAUAUUAAAUACAUUCAUGAAACAACUCAAUUUCAGCUUUCAAAACAAUUCCAUCCAUAUAUAAAUUUCACUGAAUUAUUAUUGAUUUACUGAAGCAAUGCUUUAUUUCUGUCUGCAUAGUCAUUGUUUAGCUCAUCUGAUAUGUUGCAGGAGGCAGAGCCCUAGAGGGACAUAGGCUUGAGUCAUGACAGAAACCUUUCAUAGAAUGCACUAAGCUGUGGGGUGAAUGCUCAGAGAGACAAAUUCUUUCUCAAAUAACAAUUCAUAUACUUAUAAAAUAAUGGCAUCUGUUGCCUUGAUAAAGAAAAAAAUUUUAUUGAGGUAUUUUUUUAAAUGAGUGCAGUGAAAAUGUGAAAGAGAUAGUUUCUCUGUACCUCUUCUGGGCCAUAGGAGUGGUAUUUAUUAUAGAACAAUUAGCAAAAUUGUAAAAUUAAUACAAUAAGCCAACAAAUACCCUUGUUACAGCUGCUCAGGCUCAGCUGUGCAGUAGCUGGUGGAUUCCCCUUGAGUCCCUAUUCCCUGAACUUCCAUCCUCCCAUCUCUGUGGCCAAGGAGGCCUUAUCCUCCAUGUCAGCACUGUCUAAGGAAGCCCUGUAAUGCAGCCAUUCUCCCACAGUGAAGUUAGCCUUCGAAAGUGCUCAUUCUGUGACCUUCACACAGGAACAAGAACAGUCAUUUCAUCUUGAUCAGUGGAAUUGUCUUUAUUGCAAAGAAGUGGCUAUUUGAGACUAACAUGCUUCAUAAUUUCUUCUUCGUUGCAUUUACAUUUUUCUUUUUGUCUUGUAUAAUUUUUAAUGAUUUGUUGUACAGUGAAAUCCUGUGAAUUGUUGAAUCUAUCUCACUUUCAGUGACAAAAUAUUGUAUAGGGUAGAAUUUGAAUUAAUCUCUUCAGAUAACUUUUGAUGCACAAAUGUUUCGGCUAAUUAUGUUUUGACCCAGCAGCUCUUUCUGUUUAUCUGUACUUGAAACUUCAAUUCAUUUCUUAAACGCACAACGCUCCAUUCUCAGGGAACCGGUUACAGCAAAGACAUUUCUUGCUGUAUUUUUUUUUUUCUUGUCUUGUGACAGAUGUGCAGUCUUUAUGGGAAUAAGUAGUGACAAGCAGACAGACACAGUUGUUAGAAGAAUUUCAGAAACAUACACACGCAUGAAUGCAUGCACAUUGCGGGGCACUGCUAUGAAGUUUAUGCAAGUUCAGGUCUUCCUACAUAAGUGCCACCUGAGACUCAUUACAUGUAAUGCAUUUAAUGCUCAGGGACAAACAGGGAACUGGAUGAUUAGAUGUGAUUCCACUGAUAUCACCACCAAGUCACCACUUAUGUUUGAGAUUUGUGAAGGCAAUAAUAUUGACUAGUCCACUCUAUCAGUAUUAAUAAGCAUAGAACAUAUAUAUACCCCCUUUUAAUCUCUCGUUCUCUCUAGAAUUACCUAAGUGAACAUGAUGUGAUCCUUUAGAAAUGCCCACAUCUUAUGUAUGUGUGUAAAGAUACAAAGAAUUGAUGUGAAGCAACUUUUAUUGUUCACUUCCUACUUUUUGAAAAUGUUGGUUUCCAUGAGUACCAGAAUCACCUGCCAGACAGUGCAAGGUCACCUGAGUAAGACAGCGUCUCAGCAUCCAAAGCAUGCAGCAGCAAAUGGAAACUGAAGACUACCACACCCUGACCUUAAUCCUGUGUGAAAUUCUGUCUGAACAUUAAAUUCUUUAUGAUCAAGACCUGGAUGAGAUACAUAUAUGUUUGUUGCCUUUCAGAUUGUGUUAAUGUCCUUUGGUAUAAGGCUUUGAAUAAGUUGUUUUUAUGGUUACAAUGUUCUGCUAGCACAUGCCACUUUUAGAUGCAGAUAAACCCACUUGGACACUAACUCAUGUGUCUCAAGGAAGCAACUUUAUGAAGAGACGUUCAUUAACUUGCAUGUGGCAAAUGUGGCUGUUAGGACUGCACUGCUGAUUUUUUUGAGAUUUUAAGAGGGACAGGGAAGAUUUUGCAAAUUUGAUGAGGUGACAGGUGGAUAUUUCUAGCUUAUGCAUCCUCUGGGCAAUAGUCAUUUGCAAAAGUGAGGAUGGAAUACUCUGAAGUCCCAGCAGGCUCUUCAUGUGGGAAGUCUGCUGGACUUCACAUCUGUGCAGCAUUUGGCUGAUUAUAUUGGGAUGCGUAAGUUUGGUUCAUAUUGUAAAAAUGAGUUCAUCUUAGUUUAAAGUGGGCUACUAUGUUUCUGAAAGCAAGAUGGUGUUCCCCUUCCUUUCACUAUAUUCCGUGAAGCCAGCUCUGCUCUGCCUAUUAUUGUUAGAAACAAGAAAAACACAUGAACAAUGUGGCUGCUACAUGAGCUCUUCCAGGUAGCCUGUUUCCCCUGAGCAAGGGGUUUAAUCAUUAUGGAAAAUAAUGUCUAGAUGCCACGUUGAUGACCAGCAGGGAAGAUGGCUGCUUGGAAUUGAUAUGGUGAGGUCACUGGUGAACACUUGAUUAAGUAUUGGAAAACAUGCCAAGAAAGAACUGUCCCCUGAAACAAAGAGAGUCUCUACCAGAAACAAUGAUCUGAGGAAGGCAAUGCUUAAGGACCUGUCACUGCUUAGCCAUUCAAUGAAGACCCCUUAUUGAAUGUAUUAUCCCACCAUUUAGCUCUAUAUGCUGAAUGCCAUUGGAGCCAAGGUUGUAAGAAAGAAUUUAAGACAUGGAAGUGCUAUUAGGUUUUAGCUAAAUUCCUAACAUUCCCUGUCAUGUUUGCCUCACAGGAUUUGAGCUCCAUGUUAUGACAGAACAUAGUGCUUGUGGGGACCCAGAACUUCUGCCUUUUAAAGCUGACAGAUUUUCCAAGGAAGUUAAGUCAACUCCCAGACACAAUCUUGCUUUCAGUAGAUGGAGGGCACAAAAAUCCCAGGGCAGGGCAUCACCCAGAGGUAGAGCAGUCGAUCAGAAGCUCAAGUACUUUCUACUGUUGGGUCUACUGGGAAUAGCAGCUGGGCCCAGUCCCAGCAAGCUGGCCUCUCAGACAUCAGCAGAGCUCCAUUAAAGUCUCAUGACAUGCAAGUGGAUCCUCAGAGCAGAUCCCCGUGAGGCAUAGAGGGAGGCAUUGAGCUCCAUGUAGAGCUGCUGCUGCUGUCUUUGAUGCUAGGGAUUGAGCCCAGAGCAUAGCACAUAGUAAACAAGCACUCUGUUGCUAAACAAGAAACAGGCCCCAAAGCAGCAGUUUUAUCUGCCUGUAAGUCAACAUGGCUGCCUCCCCGGGGCCUUGUUUUCUUCCCCAUCUUCCUACUUAGGCUCAUUUUGUAUGACAAUAAAAUUUUUUACAAAACAAUUUGUGAAGAAUUUGAAUGGGUAGAUGCGAGGAUGUGUGAAUAUGAUUGCUGAGUGUGAUUGGGCAAGGGACACUGCAGAUAUUUUCAUGAUUUGCCUGCAUGGUGACUAGCUGUGGAAAGAUUCCAUUGUUUUCUUCCUUCAAACUGGGAAACAGAAAUCAUUUGAAGAAAAAUCAUUUCAGUGUUUUGCUUGCUGACAUUUAGCAGGUACGAUCUGAAUUGAAAGGCUUUCUGACUUCUGUGGUUUCCAGUGGUGAUUCCGUGAAGAUCAAAGAGUGGUGCUGUCCUCUGAGAGGAAGCGGAGCCUCUGUUUUUUCUCCAGCAGUGCAGUUAUUUCUAGAUGUGCCUGAAACAGACAAGAAUCCUCCCAAUGUGCCUUCUCCUUGGUUCCUGAGCUAGGAUAUUGUUUUGUCCUAGCACCUUCCAUUCAGGUCGCCCAUGUUUUGCAGAUCAUCAGUGCCCUCAUCCCUACCACAGAAGGGGGCCUGCAUUUUAGGGGGACACAAAGGCAGCAAGUGUAUCUGUUGGCUGCUCCCCAAAGCUCUCUGUGAACACAAUGAGUCUCUAACACAACCACACAGUCAUAGCCUGAAAAAGAGAAAGAGAUGCCUCUAUAGAAGAUUCACCCGAAAGAUGAAAGAGUAUGUUAUUUUUUCUGCUAUUGUGUAAAUGAGCUUUGUAAAAUGCUGACAAAAAUAAAAAUGUAUUUUCAAAUUACUGGAAAACAA